GUCGUCCCUUGAAUCGAAGAAGAGGAGGAACGGAACCCCUCACCCAAGGCUAUAUAAACCCCCUCACCCUCAAAAGGAAACUUGAACUGCUGUAAUAAAUUGCGGACCGAGUCAGAAGCCGUGAUUGACAGCUGAAGAGCAGCUGCUCAGAGGCCAGUGUCUGGACCGGUCUGGCGCCGCCGCCGUUCGGCCUCCCCUGCGAGGCGCGCUACCGGCGGGCCGCGGCGGCACACCAGUGGAGUGUUGGCAGCACACUCGGCCCGGGCCGGGACCGCAGGCUGGGGCCGCCCCUCCGCAGGUACUGGGGCCCGGCCGGCCCUGCAGCCAGCUGCACCCGAGGACUGGACUGUCUGCCGCUCUCUCCCCGUCUCUCUGUGUGUGUGUGUCUGUCGGUGUGGUGCAGAGACUGUCGGACGGGACGGUCGCGGGCUGUGUGUGUCUGGGUGGGUGUGAUGGACGAGCUACCGGGUGCCGGGGCCGCCGGCCGCACCACGGACGGACGGUGUGGCCGCGCGGGCGCCCGGCCGGCCCCCGCCCCCGACACACCCGUAUCUGUUGGCCGGCUCGGCCCGCGCCGGCUGCGGCUGGACUGUGUGCCGGCCGGGCGGCGGCGCCCGGCGGCGCGGGACUGUCGGACUAGCGCCCAGCGGCGGCGAGUGAGUGGAGACGGCACGCCGCCACCAGUGUGUGCCGCGCCGAGUGGACGCCGGCCGCCUCACCCAGUGCCGGGACGGACUCUCUGGGACCGGUGGAGACGAGUGGUGGUGUCUGUUGACCGCACCACACGAUGGCUGUAACAAUGUGUGCACCAGUGACCUCUUUCACAAUUUCUGCCACUAUUUUGUUGGAAGUCACUUGUUAUCAUUUACUACCAUAUUAUUUAUUUUAUGAUAUUGUAAAGUAUAUUUUUUGCAGUUGUAAAAAACUAACUCGCCAGCUGUAUCAACGGUUAUUUCUUAAUCGAACUUUUUACGUUUGAUCCAGGAAUGUUUCAAUCAAGGCUAUGUUUCAAUGUACUCAACUUAAGUACCUAAAUGCAAGGCGACCUUGACAGCAGGCAUUUCGUCUGUGCUGUCUAUUGUCUAUGGCAUAUGCAAAUGUUUGUCCUGUUAAGUUUAACAACUUCCUUUUCUGUGUUCAAUAGCUGCUGAAAUGAGGUUCUAUAAUAGUUUUGCUUUUUCCUUCAUUUUGAUUUUCUGAAAAACAACUUCAUUUGAUCAGUGUUUGCAUUGCUUGUCUUAUGCUGCUCAUGAACAUACUUUCUUUCAGAGGCGCAGAGCAGCUGUCCUGGUGAGCGGCCAUGGAGGUGGACGCUGCUGCAGACCCCGUGUCGGAGGAGACGGGCGGAGAGCCGCCGGCCGCUACAGCCGCGCCCGCCGCCGACGAUAACUACGACACGCGCUCGGAGGUGAGCAGCGGCUCGUCCAAGUCGCUCCACUCGGAGCUCAGCGUGGACGUGGACGAGGACGGCUCCGAGCCGAGCGUCACCUCCGAGGACGAGAGGGAGGCCAAGAGCGCGCCACCGGCCGCCGCCACAGCCGCCACAGCCGCCGCCGAGGAGACGACCAAUGGGCAGACGGCUGCCGCGGCCGGCGCCACCUCCGGCAGCCGCGAGAGCUACCUCACCAAGCUCAACUACUUGUUCCGUGACGCGCGCUUCUUCAUAAUCAAAUCCAACAACGAGGAGAACGUGACGCUGGCCAAGGCGCGCGGUGUAUGGAGCACGCCCCCGCAGAACGAGGCCAAACUGAACCAGGCGUUCCGCGAGUCCCGCAACGUGCUGCUUAUAUUCUCAGUGAAGGAGAGCGGCCGCUUCUGCGGGUUCUGCCGCAUCUCUAACGAGUCGCGCCGCGACCUGUCUCCCGUCAACUGGGUGCUGCCACCGGGACUACCGGCGCGAGCGCUCGGUGGCGUGUUCCGCGUCGCCUGGAUCAACCGCAACGAGCUGCCGUUCCCCAAGACAGCGCACCUGUAUAACCCGUGGAACAACGGGAAGCCGGUGAAAAUCGGCCGCGACGGCCAGGAGGUGGAGCCGCGAGUCGCCGAGGAGCUGUGCCGCCGCUUCGCCCGUGAUCUCACCAUCGACAUGAACCCGAUCCUGCUGGACUCGAAGCGCGCCAGCCGCACCGUCAAGACGAGCAAGCCGCUCACCAUGCCGGCACCCAUCCCGGUGCGCCGCGCCCGCCGCGACUUCCGCGAGCGCGGUGGGUUCCGCGGCCGGGGCGGGCCCCGCGCGCCGCCCCGCGAACCGCCGCGGCUGCCUAGCCGGCGGCCGCGUUACGAGGACCACUACCCGCGGCCGCCGCCGCGCCGCGACUCGGGACCGCCGCGCUACCACCCGUACGCGCGCGAGCGGCCGCCGCCACACGAGCGCUCGCCGGUUCGUUACCCGCCGCGCGAGCCGGUGCCGCGCAUCUACCCGGAGCUGAUGCGUGAGCUGGCGGCGCGCGGCGGCCCGCUGCCGCCGCUGCCGUACCCGCCGCCGGCUCUGUUCGACCCGCUGGCGCCGCCGCGCUACUACGACGGACCGCCGCUGCCCGAGUUCGUGCCGCCGCCGCCGGCCGCGCCCAGCCGCGCCGAGCGCCGCAUGUCCGAGUACGACCGCUCCGUUGAGGAGUUCCUGCGACACACGUCCAGCCGGCGUGAGCGCAGCCGCGAGCGUCGGCACCGCGACCGCCGCUGAGCGCCGCCGCCGCCGCCGCCCGGUGCUGUGGGCCUGAUCGGUGGGCUGCAGUGCCGCGAAGUAGCUGCCAGCGGCCGGAAUCAGUCAUUGGUCGUUCGAGCACCGGGGCGGGCUUUGUCAUCGCUUGCUGACCAGUAGAGCGUCACCUAGGUUUGCGUACUGCGAGAUGCGCGGAUAAGGAUGCCGGUAAUGCGUCGCGACGUUGCGUGAUUCGGUGUCGGUCAGUCGACUGUCUGUCUGCUUUGGUGAUGCAUCGCACUCUUUUCCGAUGUGCGAGAACAACAGCAGAUGUGUCAAGGCGACAAAACUGGCUGUUCGAUGGAGUGGGGCAUUCUGCCUUUCUUGCAGACACCACUCACACCAGCAGGUGUGCCUUUGAAAGUGGCACAGAUGGUUCACCGUUUCGUCGACGCUUCACGGCAUUGGACAGCAUAUUUGUGAUUGUGGUCUUACCCACUUUAUCACCUGUUCAUUUGAGCAAAGGGCCGACGCAGGCACGUUACCCUCGCGCCGAUGUAGAUGACAUUUUGUCAGCAUUUAGAUCAGAGUCGCAUUGGGAUCACAUGUUUUGUCAUCCUACUCUUCAUAAUACACACGAAAGCUUCUGAA